AUGCAUGCCCCUAAAAAAUAUAAUGUAAUAUUUAUGUUUUCGGCCAGAAAAAACAUAUUUAAGGUUAUAUUAUUAAUUAUCUUAUUAUUGAACAUUGCCAACAUUGCCUUAAAACUGGGAGAACAAGCAUUUAUAGAAUCAACAGAGGAAAUAUCUAAUGUUUAUAAGAAUACUAUUCAAGAGAAUAUAAUUAAUUCAUCACUUGAAACUCCAUUAACGGAGGAUGAAAAGAUCAACCUGAAAUAUUGUCAAGAGAAAACAUGUAAAUUCGUGUUUCCAUAUUUUCAUCCAGAACAAGAAACUCGCGCCAAUAUUCAUACUCGCCUUUAUACACAGCUAGCUCAACCUCUAAAUCGUACAAUAGUCCUAUCAAAUGUCGGCCAUUCGAGAGUCCAAGCAUGUUCUCCAUAUCCAUUCGACUUCUAUUAUAAUAUGAAAGCAUUUCAAAAACUGUAUCCAGGCACUCAAUUUAUAACUCAAGAAAAAUUUUUAAAAUGGAUACAAGAAAGAAAUAUCAAACCAAUUGCGCAACAUUUUUGGAUGAUUCAAGAUGGUAGAGGUGAUUAUAUAAGCUUUCGAGAAAAAAAGGUUAUGGGAGUUUACAAAGGAGUUGAAAUGGGAAGAAAGGAAAAAACAAGAUAUUGCUUAGAUAAAUUUGAUAUAAAUAUCACGGAUUACAAAGAAUUUCAUACAGGGAUUAAAGUAUUAGACACCGAAGCAAUGUUUAACCUUGUUACAAACACUCUAAAAACUCCACCUACAGCAGAAUCUGAAAUAAUAAUGAUAUUAAACAGGGCACCUAGAGAAAUAUUUCCAUUUAUCGAUAAAGUAAUUCCAUAUUCACCACGCAUUAUUAACCAAUCUAAAAGCAUCAUAAAAAAAUUGAAACCAUAUAUAGCUAUUCAUUGGAGAAUGGAGCAGGGUGAUCCAGAAUUGAUGCCAGAAUGUGCCAAGAAACUAGUUAAAAAGGUGAAAAAAAUUCGGGAAAAAUAUGGAAUAAAAAAUGUUUAUUUUGCAACAGAUUAUCCACUUAAUGGUGGUAAACCUCAAUCACAAACAUUUCAUGAAUUUUCCGAAUUUCAUAAAGAAGCUAUUAAAAUAUUUGAACAUAUAAAAUUCGAUACAUGGGUUUCGUUGGAUGGAUUCUCGCAAAUUAGAAAUGAUUCAAAAUAUAGAGCAGAAUUUAGAGGUUCUGGUAUACAUGGAAUACUUGAUAAGUUAGUUUGUAUAAAUGCAAAAUAUUUUUUAAUGGGACCAAAAGGUUGUGCUAGAACAAUAAGUUCUUUUACAAGUACCAUCGUCGAAGAAAGAGAAAAGUUGAAGGAUAAAUAUGAUUUGAUCAAUGUUGUUUCUAAAUGGUAA